UGGCCACCCAAGAGAAGGAGGAGGACCCCUUUAACUAUGAUUACCAGAGCCUGAGAAUCGGGGGGCUGGUGUUUGCCGUCGUCCUGUUCACCGUUGGCAUUCUCCUUAUACUCAGCAGGAGGUGCAGGUGCAGUUUCAACCAGAAGCCCAGAGCUCCCGGGGACGAGGAGGCUCAAGCUGAGAACCUCAUCACCUCGAACG